AUGGCUGGCGUUGCUGACGACCCAGAAAAGCGCACAACGCCAAGCAGUGGGACAAGUCCCGCGAGCACCAUCCGAGUCGACAGAAGCGAAAACCAGUUGGCGCAGUCAUCAUCAACGUCGAAGGAUGAAGUGGGCGAGCUCUCCUCCAAGGCCGAUGUGCCGCCUGUCGCAGCCUCGGGACCAGCGCCAGAGGAGUCACGUACCAAGUUAGAAACGACACUGGUCAUCACCGCACUGGCGAGCGCGCUCUUCCUUGGCGCACUCGAUAUCACCAUCGUCAGUGUAGCCAUUCCAACAAUUGCGGAGGAAUUCGGCUCGACCGCUGGGUACACAUGGAUUGGAUCGGUAUACAUGCUCGCCAGCGCGGCCGGCGCGCCGAUGUGGGGGAAGAUAUCUGAUAUCUGGGGCCGGAAGCCCAUCAUGCUCAUUGCCGUCGGCAUUUUUUGGAUUGGGUCCCUGCUGAGUGCUCUCAGCAAGAAUAUUGGCAUGCUCAUUGCUGCUCGGGCGAUCCAGGGCAUUGGUGGUGGCGGCAUCAUCAUUCUUGUCAACGUUUGCAUCAGCGACCUGUUCUCCAUGCGAAAACGAGGUAUCUACUUUGGUGUAAUGGGAAUCGUUUGGGCAGUGGCCAGCGCCGUCGGUCCUGUUCUUGGCGGUGUCUUUACAAGUCAGGUUACCUGGCGGUGGUGUUUCUGGAUCAAUCUGCCAGUAUCUGGCGUUGGGUUUGCGGUGCUGGCUUGGGUGCUGAAGCUGCACAACCCUCGCACCCCGAUGCGCCAGGGGCUCGCUGCCGUCGACUGGUUGGGUUCGCUUGCGGUUAUCGGCGGAACGCUGAUGGUCCUUUUCGGCCUCGAGUUUGGAGGCGUGACCUACCCAUGGUCGUCGCCCACCGUCAUCUGCUUGAUCGUUUUCGGUGUGGUGACGGCUGGCAUAUUCGUCUUGAUCGAAUGGAAGGUGGCCAAAUUUCCACUGAUGCCGUUGCGUCUGUUUCGUCGGCGAUCCAGCAUUGCCAGUUUGGGUGUUGCUGCUUUUCAGGGCAUUGUCUUCAUCUCGGGAAGUUACUACCUGCCGCUGUACUUCCAAGCGGUCCUCGGCGCCUCGCCAUUGAUGUCCGGCAUCUACGUCCUGCCUUUUGUCUUGUCUCUCUCGGUUGUCUCUGCCAUAACUGGCGUGGUCAUCAAGAAGACAGGAAAAUACUUGCCUUGUAUUAUCUUUGGCAUGUCAAUCAUGACUCUGGGUUUCGGGCUUUUUAUUGCUCUUGAACCGCAGGCCAACUGGGCCAAGAUCGUCGUCUUCCAGCUGAUAGCUGGCAUCGGUGUGGGGCCAAACUUCCAGGCACCGCUUAUUGCGCUUCAAACAACCGUUGGGCCUCGAGAUAUGGCAUCAGCGACGGCAACUUUUGGAUUUAUCAGGCAGUUGUUCACCGCGAUAUCUGUUGUGAUUGGGGGUGUUGUCUUCCAAAAUGGGAUGGAGGAGCAGUAUCCCAGACUGCUAGAGGAAAUCGGACCCGAUGCUGCGAACAUGCUCUCUGGGAGCAACGCGGCUUCCAGCAUUGGCUUUGCCAUGAGCCUGCCUGAGCGUAGUCGACGAGUUGCCCAAGAAGCCUACUUCAAGAGUCUGAGAACCAUGUACAUCAUGUAUGUUGUGUUCGCGGGAGUGGGAUUGAUCGUCUCCUUCUUUGUUGGAUCCCGCAAGCUGAGCAACGACCACCAAAUACACAAAACAGGACUGAAGGACAUGAAGGCUGCCAAGGAGCAGGAAAAGCCUCGACUGCCGGUCGAUGGUGGUCUAGACGAGGAACAGAGGGUUCCAGAAGGGAACUCCAAGAAACUUCCCAAGGAGUCCAAAGGGGAAAAGAAGGGAGGCAACUCGAUGAAAUUCUUCUUUGAGUGA